GCCAGUCGACGGCAACGUAGCCACGCGCCGCUCGCGCCCGCUCCAGCGCGCCAAAUACCAACUUUUGAAAACCGAACGCGAUAUUACUUUUUAUUCACCAACAACUUCAAACUUUUUUUUUUAAUUUCGCGCCUCACCUACCAGUGUUUGAGAGUUCGAGUGGACGAGUGACAAUUGAAAUAGUGCGUAUGCAAUAACGGUGAUUUCUGAACGUGUUGAACGUUUAGCAACUAAUCACCGCGCGUAACCGUGUUUCAAAAAUAAAACGUUGCCGAUUCGAAAACGGAGCACCUCGAAGGUUAAUGACAAAAUAAAAAGCGUGCAUUAAAUUAUGUGUCUAACUAAACUGCCGGGGACUGGAUUCUUUGCCUUAACACUGCGACACAACGAUCAAUCCACCGAACAUUACAGAACCAAUGACCGCCAACAUGACCGCGACCGCACGGUGAAACAAAAUCGACAAUGAAACGAAAAAAAAAAUGACACAAACCCUUUCGCUGCUCAAGUUCAUAAAAAUACCGAAGAAGUUACACCAGCGUGAGACUUAGACGAACACUGCCGAACAGUGCCUUACGAUAACGAAAAAAAUAAUUGUGGUGCUCCAAAACAAUAAUAGAGUAACAAAAAUAAUGUUAGUGAAAAAAGACCGGACGAGGCAAAGACUUAAAUUUUUAAAAUGUUAGACGUGUUUCGUGGUUUAAAGAAUCUGAUAAAAGUGAACUAUAUACACAUCGACUCGCCUGUAUUCAGAUUGCACUACUCGAUUACUGUUAUCCUGCUGAUAUCGUUCAGUCUGAUUGUGACGACGAGGCAGUACGUCGGGAACCCUAUAGACUGUAUUCACACGAAGGACAUUCCCGAGGACGUGUUGAAUACGUACUGUUGGAUCCAUUCCACUUACACGUUGAAGAGUUUCUUCAAUAAGAAGGUGGGGGUGGAGGUGCCGUACCCUGGCAUCGGGAACAGCCGCGAGAAAGGGAAGGAGGAUAUGAGCGACAGGAAGAUCUACAAGUACUACCAAUGGGUGUGUUUUUGCCUAUUCUUUCAGGCAAUGUUAUUCUACGCGCCGCGAUGGCUGUGGAAGUCGUGGGAAGGCGGGAAGAUCAGGGCUCUGAUGAUGGAUCUGGACGUCGGGGUGUGUACCGAGAUAGAGAAGAAGACGAAGAAGAAGCUCAUACUGGACUACCUCUGGGAGAACCUGAGGUACCACAACUGGUGGGCCUACAGGUACUACCUGUGCGAGGGGCUUGCUCUUGUGAACGUUAUAGGGCAAAUGUUUCUGAUGAAUCGCUUCUUCGACGGCGAGUUCCUGACCUUCGGGCUGGACGUGAUAGCGUACAUGGAGUCCGAUCAGGAGGACCGUGUGGAUCCCAUGAUAUACAUAUUUCCAAGAAUGGUGAAAUGUACACUAUUCAACAAGUUCGGUUCGUCCGGCGAAGUGGAGCGGCACGACGCACUGUGCAUCCUCCCACUGAACGUAGUCAACGAAAAGAUCUACGUGUUCCUCUGGUUCUGGUUCGUGAUCCUCGGCAUUCUGACCUUCAUCACGCUACUGUACCGACUCGUCAUCAUCUUCUCUCCGCGCAUGCGCGUCUACAUGAUGCGAAUGCGAUUCAGACUCGUCCGGCGAGACAAUGUCGACACCAUAGUCAGGAGAAGCAAAAUGGGCGACUGGUACUUACUGUACAUCCUCGGCGAGAAUCUCGACUCCGUGAUAUUCAGGGACAUCAUGCACGAGUUCGCGAACAAGCUGAACCACAACUACCAGCAUCACAUCCACGGAGUACCGGACGCGUGACCUCCAAUUCCCGGGUGGGUGUUCCAUACGUGACUGACGUCGUUGCAGCGCGACAUGGACCCGCCCGUUUGAGUUGCGUCACACUUCAUCAAACGAGUGUUUAUUGAAACCAAAGAGAAAUUGAAGCCUCUCUUCGGACGUUCGAAAACACAAGCGGGCCUAGUUGGCUGCCCUGAGGCACCCCUAGCCUCAACUGGACAAUACAGCGGAGUGUAUCAAAGACUCUUAAAUCGAUACUUCUGCAAACGUUAAGGAUCGUAACAGUGCAAUUCUAAACACGCAAUAAUAGUUCGUACUUAAUCUUUAAGAACGUGAUCUCAGGAUGAAUCCUAUCGAAGGCCUUUUAAUUGUCAACAAUGACGGCUACCCGAUUAGUUAACUAGUGUUCAACUUUUAGAAGUAUUUUACUCAUAGUUUCGCUGCUCGUAGUGAUUGAUCGAUCAAAUCUGCUUCUCUUUUCUAUUCUAGCUAAUAUAAUCGAAUUAAGCACAUGAAUUAAAGCACACAACUUUAUCUUUUUUACACAAUUUCUCACUUGCCAAAGAUUUGUCAGACCAAAUAAUAAGGCAAUAACUAAACAUUACUCUAAGUAAAGUAGACUAGUAGCAUCUAAUCGAAAUUAUAAGGGAUAUUAGGGAAUACCAAUAAUAUUGAUGACCAUUGGUGAUUCAAGUGUCAUACGUUGUCUGGACAUGUUAACUUUUGAGUGCCAAAAGACAUAUUUCAUUGCAAAGCAUUCUGAGUUAAGUUUGUCAAAGUUUACCAUGGGAUAAGAUCCAUUACUAUGUGAAUUAUAUCUAAGUGGAUUUGAAAUUUCAGCUAACAUAUUCAGAUCUACAUUAAUGACUGAAUUAUGAAUUAACUAAAAUUAUAAUGUUGUUCUUUAAAUUAUUUCCCGGAUUGGGAGAAUGCUUGAGUCUAAAACGUAGGUUGAAUUGUAUCGAAAACUUAGCUGUGCCUAAUUCAGUACCUCGUGCUAGACGACUAUGAAUUUGUUGGAAAAUGUUGUGUUCGUAUGGAUAUUAAAAUUGUAGGAUUAUAAUAGGAGUGCUGCUAAACCAAAAGGAUUAAUUUCAUGUUAAAUUUGACAACCUGAUAAAGUUAAGUAUCUAACCUUAAACUUAAAAGAUAUCGCAAUUUCUAUAUUGAACCUUAAAACUGUAACAGUAAUACCUAUUUUCACGAGUAACAAAAGUACUGGCAGGGCUCUUGACUAUAAUCGGUGCGUCAUUUACAACAUAUUAUAAUUUCUUUUGGUUCAGAGCAUCGAUGUCAGGGUCUAGAUUAACGGACGGUAUUUCCAUAGCACUCAGACUUAUUUGUGGUAGGAUCAAUGUAGUUAGCACGAAUGCAAAUGCAAACCCGCCAAUAGACGGUAUGAAGUAACAGCAGACAUUUUAAAGACUCCAUGACAUGUUAGAUUCACGUAUUGACAAAGCUUAGGUUUUUAUCUCCUCUCUUUCAUCUUUGAGGGUUAACCACAGUGAGAAAGAAAGUGGGAAGACCUUAAGAAUGUUCGUGAAUCCAAGUCCACACACCAAAAGCAGGUCAGAAACAGCGCAAUUUGAAAACGAGCCCACAUUAAAUUAUAAUUAAAAAGUGUUUGCGCCAAUUAGUUAUCUGUGCACAAUUUUUAUAACGAACGAAAAAAAAAAAGAAAAAUCUUCCCGCCUUUUUUAUCCUAAGAAAAACUGUGGUCUCGAUAAAAAGAUGUGUAUUCGGAUAUUCAAAAAAAGGCGGAUAGGUUCAUUUAUUUCUAAUGCAGCUUUGACAGGUGGAGUCACUGCAUCACUGACAGCAAAAUUUUCGGUGCCAUAGCCAAUAUUCGUUUGUUUAUCGAACGAUCCGUUCGACACAACGAUCGCGACAAUUGCGUUACAUUGGCUAGGAAAUGUUUAUCGUUAUCUCUAAGACGAAAAAGAACUUCGACAUCGUUUCGUUAAGAAGCGAUACUACAUUGUCUAAGCCUCCAGUUUUCCAGUCUGAGUGCCAUCGAAAAACCAUCCGUCCGUCUAGAACCCUAAUGUAACUUUGAUUGUAACAUAUAAAGUAACAAUUUGGUUUGCUGAUAACUGCUAAACGUCAACGUAUAAAAUCAUUAGCAAUUUUCCCCCGAUAAAUUGUAAUUCUACUCGAUUAUACACACCUUUUCCAUUACUAUCACUGCAAACAUUUUAAUCCAAUCAAAAUUCUUCUAUCACACUUCUUAGAUCUUUAAAAGUUGUAACUUAACAUUUUAUACGUUGACAGGACCUACUCAUAUCAAUACAGAAAGUCUACACGAACCGAAAGUAUUUUUUAGAAAAUAAAUAAUUGUGCAUUAUUUAUAAGUGCUUCAAUAAAAAAAAAGAUGUCUGAUGAAAAUUAAUCUACCAUUGAUAAACCUGCUUUCUCCGUUUGUUGCUAUAAGAAAAAUCGGAAGUACAUACUCUGACUGAAUUGAAGGGGUUACCUUAUAUACCUAAGGUAUAAUAAACUUGUUUACGCAUACCGUAGCGGUUCGGAAUGAAUGGAACGAAACGAAGGGUUCUCGGCGAGAAUAAUUGAACAUAUUUUGAAUGCUCACUUACCAAUUGCCUUCGCUCUUUUUAGAUCUAUAUUUUUCUGCUUUUACUAUUUUAUCUCUAUCUAUUAUAAAAGAAUAGGACCACUCCAUCUCUUUCCCGUCACGUCAUCAGGAUGUCGUAAAAAGCGACUUAUAAUCUUAUAAUCUCCUUUUAGGCGACAGGCUAGCAACCUGUCACUAUUUAAAUCUCAAUUCUAUCAUUAAGCCAAACAGCUGAACGUGGCCAAUGAGUCUUUUUAAGACCGUUGGCUUUAUCUACCCCUCAAGGGAUAUAGACGUGAUUAUAUGUAUGUAUGUGUAUGUAUGUACUAUUUUAUGUUACAAACUUACAUUUAGUUACUUUCUAUACCUAAAAAUUUUUUUCAGAUAUGUCCUAUCCUAAAAGUAAAUUUAUUUAAAAUCUGUUUUUCAUUUUAAUAUAUUACAAUGUUAAACGUACAUAUGUACUGUACAUUGAAUUUAUGAAUGUCAAUAAAUACAUAUUCCAUACAUAAUGUAAACUAUAAGUUUAUAAUUAAAAUUACUUCGAACAAUUAUAAAAAAUAUACUUGAAACCUAUAACAAGUGUAACUUUUACCAGGCAAUUGAAUUGUUAACGACAUAUUACAAUAAAUAUAUAUACCUAGGUUCGUGUAGAUUCAUAGCUAAUAAUUUUAAACAUUUAUAAACGCCAAAAAUUGUGCCAAAUAUACCAUACUUAGUGAGAUUACGCAAAUUGAGCAAGUAACAAGCGGAAACA